GGCAGGCGGGGCGGGCCGGCGGCGGCGGCGGGAGGAGGCGUUCGGGCCCGCUGCCGCGCUCCGCUCCUUCAUGGCGCUGCCCGGGUCCCCCGAGUCGCCCCGCGGCGCGCCUCGCAAGGUGCCCAGCCUGCUGGAGAUGGGGGCGCUGUGCCUGGACUCGGAGAUCAUCCUGGGCUUCACCAGCCACCUCCUGCGGCGGCGAGGCAAGGUGGCUGAGGGUGGCCCAACCCGCGAGCAGCUGCCACUGCUGGAGGUGUCCCCGCGCAAGAGGCGGCCUGGCGGGCCCGAGCCGAACCCAUGCGGCAGCCGUCCUGCGCCCGAGGGAGCAGGGGCAGGAGCAGAGCAGGGGCAUUCUGCUGGCGGGGGCGGCUGGUGCCGCCACUGCCACACAAAGCUGGUGGAGCUCAAGCGACAGGCGUGGAAGCUAGUCAGCGGGCCCGGGACACCCCUCCGGGAUUCCUGUCUCUCCGCCCUGCUCCUGGAUAAGCUCCCGGUGCCCGGAGUCUUGCCCGCAUGCCGUCCUGAGGCUGAAAGCAGCUGCGAUGCCUGCACCACACACCUGCACCAGCUCACUCGGGAGGCGCUGAGUCUGCUGCAGACCCCUGCCAGCCAUGAGGACCCCGACGUCCCCCGAGGAGGCCUUCCACCCCCUAGCCCUGGAGCCAUGACCAGUCCCAGGGAGGCACCCACGGGGAGGCAGCCACCGACUCCUCCUGACCGGAGGAAGGGGCUGGCCUGGCAGGCUGGGCCCAGUGUCCAGGUGUCAGUCGCCCCUGCUGGCCUAGGCGGAGCGCUGAGCACGGUCACCAUCCAGGCGCAGCCAUGCUUGGAGGGCAUGUGGAACGUCUCGAGGGCCAGCACCUUCCUGCCGCCAACCUGCCUGGCUGAGGCGGCGGUCGCAGCUGUGGCAGUGGCAGACUCUGUCCGAGACAGCGCCUCUGCAGUGGGCCCUGAUGGUGUGUCCAAGGCAUGGGGCCGGGCAGGGGCCUGCACAUCGGCCCUGGUCACCCCAGCCCCUGGCAGCUCAGCAGGGGGCUCCACAGGUCCCUCUGCCGCAGCCUCCUUCUUCAUAAGGGCUGCCCAGAAGCUCAGCCUGGCCAAGCGCAAGAAGCACCACCCGGCACCCGCCCCCACACCCCGAAGUGCCUCUGCCUUCCCCACCGACUUCAGCGGCAUCCUCCAGCUCUGCCCGCCUCCGGUGCCGCCCUGCCUGCUCAGGGUCGCCUCCAAGGCCAAGGACAACCCAGGCAGCUUCGGAAAGGUGAAAGUCAUGCUGCGCAUCUGGCCAGCACAGGGCGCCCAGCGUUCAGCCGAGUCUGCGUCCUUCCUGAAGGUGGAUUCCCGGAAGAAGCAGGUGACCCUCUACGAUCCAGUCGCUGGGCCCCCGAGUGGUGUGGGCCUCCGACGUGCGGCCACAACAGCCGUUCCCAGGAUGUUCGCCUUUGAUGCUGUCUUCCCCGCAGAUUCGGAGCAGGCUGAGGUCUGCUCGGGGACUGUGGCUGAUGUGCUCCAGUCUGUGGUCGGCGGGGCCGAUGGCUGCAUUUUUUCCUUUGGCCACACGAGCCUUGGCAAGUCAUAUACCAUGAUCGGGAAGGACAGCUCUCCCCAGAGCCUGGGCGUGGUGCCCUGCGCCAUCUCCUGGCUCUUCCGCCUGGUGGAGGAGCGCAGGGAGAGGACAGGCACGCGCUUCUCCAUCCGCGUGUCAGCUGUGGAGGUGUGUGGCCGAGACCAGAGCUUGCGGGACCUGCUGGCCGAUGUGGCCUCCAGCAGCCUCCAGGACACCCAGUCUCCGGGCAUGUACCUGCAAGAGGACCCGGCGAGUGGGACACAGCUGCAGAACCAAAGUGAGCUGCGGGCACCCACAGCGGAGAAGGCGGCCUUCUACCUGGACGCAGCAUUGGCCGCCCGAAGCUCCCAGGCUGGUGGGGAGGAUGGGGGCCAAGGUUCCCACCUGCUCUUCACGCUGCAUGUCUACCAGUAUCGAGUGGAGAAGUGUGGCCAGGGGGGAAUGUCUGGAGGCCGCAGCCGCCUGCACCUCAUCGACCUGGGCAGCUGUGAAAUGGUGCCUGGCCGGGCCGAGGAAGUCGCUGGGGGCUCCCUGAAUCUGUCCCUGUCGGCUCUGGGCAGUGUCAUCCUGGCUCUGGUCAAUGGGGCCAAACAUGUGCCCUACAGGGAUCACAGGCUCACUGUGCUGCUGCGGGAGUCCAUAGCCACCACCAGCUGUCGUACCACUAUGAUUGCCCAUGUGUCAGAUGCGCCGGCCCACCAUGCCGAGACGCUGAGCACUGUGCAGCUGGCUGCCCGCGUCCACCGCCUGCGGAGGAAGAAGGCUAAGCACACGUCCAGCUCCUCGGGUGGGGAGAGCUCCUGUGAGGAGGGCCGGGCCCGCCGCAUCCCCCACCUGCGGCCCUUCCACUCACGUGCAGUGGCCCUGGACCCUGACCGCCCAGUACCCAGACUGCCUGGCGACCCUGACUACUCAUCCAGCAGCGAGCAGUCCUGUGAUACCGUCAUCUAUGUGGGGCCAGGUGGGAUGGCGCUGUCAGACCGUGAACUCACUGACAACGAGGGCCCUCCAGACUUUGUGCCCAUCAUCCCCUCCCUGAGCCGUCGGCGGCCCUCUGAGGGCCCCCGAGAUGCUGACCACUUCCGCUGCAGCACAUUUGCAGAGCUGCAGGAGCGGCUGGAGUGCAUUGAUGGCAGCGAGGAGCCCCCCAGGUCCCUGGGCAGCAGCGACAGAACCCAGGCCACCCCAGCCCGGGGAGGUGGGAAGCUUUUGCUGCCUGAGGCUGCAUCCCCCAGGAAGGCCAUGGGCCCCCCAAUGGCAACCAGCACCCCUCGAGGCAGCCCUGGCCCGGACACCCACCAGCCCAUCCCUGAGCCUUCCAGGGCUGGUGCCCAGGGUGACCAGCAAGAGAAUGACAGCUACCAGGGUGAGCCACUGGCCCUGGACAAGGCUGUGAGGGUCAGAACCCGGAAUUUGCUGCCCAGCUCAACCCCUCUGGCUCCCAGGGAGCUGGAAGCCCUGGGAGCCCCUGUGGAACUCGAGGGAGAGAGCACUGAUACAGUGGUGCGGACACCUCCUGUGGGCACGAGUGGGCAGGGGCAAUUUCCGCUGGCUCCAGACUCAGUCUGUCCCUGCCCGUCUGCACGAGGCUGUCGCCUGGAGCGGGGCCUGCUGACCACCACAGUGACCCUGCAGCAGCCGGUGGAGCUGAAUGGUGAGGAUGAGCUGGUGUUCACAGUGGUGGAGGAGCUGCCCCUGGGGGGUCUGGCGGGCGCCACACGGCCCUCCAGCCUGGCCAGCUUCGGCAGCAACUGCUCCCUGCAGGCCCUGGCCUCAGGCUCGAGGCCAGUCAGUAUCAUCAGCAGCAUUAACGAUGAGUUUGAUGCCUAUACCUCCCUGGCCUCUGACGGUCCUGGAGCACCACUGGAGGGGGCACCUUGGCCAGGAGGCAGCCCUGCCUCCUCUGUUGGCUCCUGGCUCAAUGAGGUUGGCGUCUGUACGGCCACCAGCCUCAGCCCCAUACCACAGCCUCCCUUCAGCCCCAGUGUGCUAGUGGGGACUGGGCCUCCAGAGCCCUGUGUCUGGGGUAACCCCCUGGACAGUGGUGUCCGGUCUGUGGCACAGGGUGGGCCUGAUGGCUCUUGCUCAGUCCGGAGUCCUCGUGCUAGAGAAGCAGCAGGCCUAGCCCGAGCUGGCCAGGAGCCCUGGGCGGGGUUGUCACAGGGUACUGCUGUGGGCCAGACCCUCCACUCCAGCCUUCCCCGCAAGCCCAGAAUCCCCUCUGUGGCCAGCCGUGUGGCUUGUGCGCGUCCUGGCCGGAGCCCACCCAGCCCCGGAAGCCUGUUUGAGGACCCUUGGCUGCUCCGUACAGAUGACUGUGCUGCCCCUAGCCCUACCCCAGGACCCUCCCGGCUUUCUGAGGCCCAGACAAGGCCAGCUUGUGCCCAGAGGGUAGUGGAUGGCUGUGCGAUGGUGGGCAGGGUGGGCCGUAAGCCUGAGGCUGUGGCUUGGAUCCCACCUCUGCGGCGCGGUGCCACCACCCUGGGGGUGACCACACAGGCUACGUCUAGUGGGGACCCUGUGGCCGAGGCGACCCCCUGCUCCACCAACCUGAAGGGCUCCCCUGGCAGCAAGAAAAGCUUGGCAUCCAAGGGGGGCUUCUUCCCGAGGCCUAGUGGGGCGACCCCCCCCACCCCUCCUGUGCGCAAGUCCAGCCUAGAGCAAAGCAGCCCAGCCCAGGCCCCCGUCCUGGCUGUAGGCCCCACUCGAGCAGGCGCUGCCUCAACAUUUCGUAGGGAGGAGGAGGCCCGGCCCAAUGGCCGUGCUGACCAUGCCGUUCCUAAGGCCACAUCCAGCCUCAAAGCUCGGGCAGGCAAGAUGGAGGUGGCCCAUCGUCCUGCCGGCCACAUGUCCCUGGAACGGUAUGAGGGCCUGGCACAUGGCAGCAAGGUCCGGGAAGCCCCUGGACGGCCGCCUCGGUCUGUACCCAGGCUGGGUGUGCCACCUGCCAGUCCCACACCCGGGCUGUCCCCUGCCUGCCGGGGCAGCCCUGUUAAGGCCACAGGAGCCCCCAAACCCCCAACUGGAGGAGCCAAGGGCCGCAGUCCUGUGGCCAGUGGCUCUCGGGCUCUGGGUGGGUCCGUGAAGUCCCUGGCCCCGGUGGCUGGCAGGUCCCCUGGAGGCCCUGGAACUGGUCCCCGAGUGGCCCCGAGGGCUGCCCCUGGCCUUGGGGCUAAGGCUGGCCGGGGCACCAUCAUGGGAACCAAACAGGCGCUCCGGGCUACACAUAGCCGUGUACGAGAGCUGGCGGCCAGCGGGGUCCCUGGCAGAGGCAGCCCCUCAUGGGGCUCUGCGGACUCGGACAGUGGCAAUGACAGUGGCGUGAACGUGGCAGAGGAGCGGCCACCUGUGGGCCCCGCCCUGCCGUCCCCCUACAGCAAGGUGACGGCGCCCCGGCGGCCCCAGCGGUACAGCAGCGGGCACGGCAGUGACAACAGCAGCGUGCUGAGUGGGGAACUCCCGCCUGCCAUGGGCCGCACGGCGCUUUUCUACCACAGCGGCGGCAGCAGCGGCUACGAGAGCAUGAUGCGGGACAGCGAGGCCACCGGCAGUGCGUCCUCGGCCCCCGACUCCACGAGUGAGAGUGGGGCCGCCUCCCUGGGUGCCCGCUCCCGCAGCCUCAAGUCCCCCAAGAAGAGGGCCACAGGGAUGCAGCGCCGGCGGCUGAUCCCAGCCCCACUGCCUGAUGCCACUGCCCUGGGCCGCAAGCCCACCCUGCCCGGGCAGUGGGUAGACCUGCCUCCACCUCUGGCUGGUUCCCUGAAGGAGCCCUUCGAGAUCAAGGUGUAUGAGAUUGACGACGUGGCACGUCUGCAGCGUCACCGGCUGCCCCCUCGGGAGGACCCAGCCCAGCCUUCCCAGGAACUGGAGAAGGGCCUUGUGUGCGUCAGCUCCAAGCUUCGGCUGGCCGAGCGCAGGCAGCAGCGACUGCAGGAGGUCCAGGCCAAGCGUGACCACCUCUGCGAGGAGUUGGCCGAGACCCAGGGCCGGCUGAUGGUGGAGCCCGGACGCUGGCUGGAGCAAUUUGAGGUGGACCCAGAGCUGGAGCCUGAGUCAGCGGAAUACCUGGCAGCUCUGGAGCGUGCCACAGCCGCACUGGAGCAGUGUGUCAACUUGUGCAAGGCUCACGUCAUGAUGGUGACCUGCUUUGACAUCAGUGUCGGCACCACUGCCGCUGUGCCAGGGCCCCAGGAGGUGGACGUCUGAGGCCAGGCACUGGGCAGGGGAGGGGUAGGGAUGUACAGGGCGCGUGAGAUGGACGUGAGACGGAGUGAGAAUGUGGUCAAGGAGUCAAGGGGCGAGGAUGGGGUGCGGGGUCUGCAGGCCCAGGAGUCUCCGAGGAGGUGCAGUGGGGGUGGGAGCAGUGGCCAAGCGGGGAGCGAGCGAGGCAGGGAGAGUGGGGCGGUUGCCACGCAGAUAGCCAUGCAAGUGCCUUUAACCUUGAGUUGGACUCUUCUCCUUUUGCAUUUGGUGCUAUGGACUCUCGACACCAGCAGACGUGGGCUGGGGCCCGGCUGCCCGUGCCUGAUCUCGCCUUGCUAGUGGGCGGUCCGAGUCAGGAUUGGGUUUCUGUUGCUUUGCUGCGGCUUCCUCUUGGUAGAGCAGUGGCGGAGUCCUGGGAGUGGGACAGUGUCCUUCUCUGAGUACCCUGCUCUGCUCCAAGGAUGCCGAGGGCCUCGGGGGAGGGCCAGGCCACGCACACACGAUGCCUUCUUCCACGGCAGGAAUUCUUACCAAAACCACAAGCAAAAAAAUCCACCAUGAAACCAACCUCCCCUGCCAGAGACAGGGGUUAGGGUUUUCUAAACGUUCUGUUAGGUUCCUAUUUUUGUAUCAUUUUGCCUAUGAACCUGGAGUUUGCAGCAGGAAUUUGAAGACAAAUGAUCUAUGUUUUUAUGGUUUUCUACGGAGGUGUUCGGUACCGGGCUCUUCCUGAGGGUUCCCUGCUCGGGGAGGGUGUCCUUGGGAAGUGCGUGUCCCCACAUGCAGACAAGGAGACCUGUGGCCUGUGUGAUGUCCCCGAGCCACAGGCCUGCGUUUUCUGACUGUCGCGUUUUAUAGGGUGUCUGGACCUUUGUACAAACGUGUAGAUAACAUCUUACUGCGGUUUUUAUUUGUGAAUAAAAAAGCGUUGAUUGUU